AUGCUGCUGACUCUACAAGUGUUCUGCAGUCUGAUUGGCUGGCUGGCCCUCUACCUGGUGUUCUCUCUCAGCCAACGGGGGCCGGAGUGGAACUGUCGCCUGGUGACGUUGACCCACGGGGUCUUCAUCGUGCUAUUAACCGCUUACGUUGUCUUCAUAGACGGACCCUGGCCCUUCACACAUGCAGGUACCGAGAACACUGUCCUCCAGACCCAGGCACUGGCCAUUUGCCUGGGCUACUUCUUCUUCGACAUGGGCUGGUGCCUAUGCUACGGGUCAGAGGGUCCCGUCAUGCUGGCCCACCACGCUGCCAGCAUCAGCGGGAUCCUGCUGGCGCUGACCAUGGGCAAGUCUGGCUGUGAGACAUGCGCGGCCAUCUUCGGUAGCGAACUCACCAAUCCACUGCUGCAGAGCCGCUGGUUCCUGCGCAAGUUGGGGCGCUACGACAGUCUCCUGGGAGACGCGGUGGACGUGCUCUUCAUCGUAUUGUUCGCCACCGUGCGAGUCGGAGUGGGCUCGGUGCUGUUCUACCACGAGAUGGCGUCGCCCAGGCCCGCGCUGGUCACCAAGGUUGGUGGGGUGGUCAUGUACGUGCUGGCCUGGCUCUUCAUGUGGGACAUCGGCAAAUUUGCUUUGAAAAAGAGUCGCGGCAAGUAUAAACGAUGGGCAGAUAGCCAGAGGACAGAUGAAGGCAAGAUGGACGGUUGUUGCUCUCACAAGGGACAAAAGCGCUUGUUGGGCAAAAUUGUGGAAAGUUAAGCUUUAAAUAUAUAUCUUGAGCAUGACUUUUGUUAUUUGAACAGAUAUGUGAAUGUAACAACACACAA